AUGAGGCAGGAAAACCAGAGCCGCGUGUCUGAAUUUGUCCUACUAGGCUUCCCCAUCCCCCAGGAGCAGCAGUUCCUGUUCUUCACUCUCUUUCUGGUCAUGUACCUGACCACAGUGCUGGGAAACCUGCUCAUCAUCCUGCUCAUCAGGAUAGACUCUCGUCUCCACACACCCAUGUACUUCUUCCUCAGUCACCUGGCUCUCACUGACGCCUCCUUCUCAUCGGUCACUGUUCCAAAGAUGCUGCUGAACAUGCAGACUCAGCGCCCAGCCAUCUCCUACUCGGGGUGCAUUUCACAGGUGUAUUUUUAUUUGGUUUUUGGCUGUGUGGAUAACCUCCUUCUCUCGGUGAUGGCAUAUGACAGGUAUGUGGCCAUUUGUCAUCCUCUACACUACACCCUCAUCAUGAGGAACGAGCUUUGUGUGCUGCUGGUAGCUGGCUCCUGGAUCAUCUCCUGUAGCAGUGCCCUCUUGCACACCCUUCUCCUGACCCAAAUCAUGGAAACAGUCAACCAAACCCACCGUGUCUCCGAGUUCAUCCUCCUGGGACUCUCCUCAAGACCUGAGGACCAGGUACCACUCUUUGUCCUCUUCCUCAUCAUGUACGUCGUCACUAUAACUGGGAAUCUGCUCAUCAUCCUGGCUAUCCGCACUGACCCCCAGCUGCAGACCCCCAUGUACUUCUUCUUGAGUUUCCUAUCUUUCACUGACAUUGGCUUCACCACCACCAUUGUCCCCAAGAUGCUAGUGAACUUCUUGUCAGAGAAGAAGACCAUCUCUUAUGUUGGGUGUGUGAUACAGAUGUAUUUUAUUUAUGCUUUGGGUACCACUGACAGUUGCCUCCUGGCAGUCAUGGCCUUUGACCGCUAUGUAGCCAUCUGUGACCCCUUCCAUUAUGUCACCACCAUGAGCCACCAGCGCUGUGUCCUGCUGGUGGCCUUCUCCUGCUCAUUUUCUCUCCUCCACUCACUGCUCCACACACUGCUGAUGAGUCGCCUCACUUUCUGUAACUCCAAUAUUAUCAGCCACUUCUUCUGUGACAUUGAUGCUUUGCUGAAACUGUCCUGCUCCUCCACGUUCAUCAAUGAAGUUCUGAUAAUAACAGAAGGGCCCGUUGCUUUGGUGACCCCCUUUCUUUGCAUUGUUUUCUCGUAUAUUCAAAUCUUUAUUGCCGUUCUCAAGAUCCCCUCAGCUGCUGGGAAACGCAAAACCUUCUCUACCUGUGGUUCUCACCUGACUGUGGUAACGCUCUUUUAUGGAAGCAUCUUCUAUGAAAUUUUACAGCCCUUAUCCAGCUAUACUGUCAGCACCCGCAUGGCAACGAUUGUCUACACAGUUCUGUCCUCCAUGCUGAACCCUUUUAUCUACAGUCUCAGAAACAAAGACAUGAAAAGGGGCUUGGGGAAGCUGCUAAACAUGAAGAAAUCUUAG